AUGCCGGCUCCCUCGCCCCUUCCAACCUACCUCUACAAGAUCCUCCCUGCUGCCCCGCCAUCCCCUCUCCCCGCGCGUCUCCCGCUCUCAGACCUCGACCGCAAUGACGGAUACAUCCACCUAUCAACGUCGGAGCAAGUACCUGGCACUGCCGACAAGUUCUUCAGCGACGUCUCGGAGCUGUGGCUGCUGAAGAUCAAGUACGACGUGCUAGUCGCGGGCACCGAUGGCGACGGGCAGGUUCAUGCGGAUAAGAAGGGUGAGCUCAAGUGGGAAGAGGUCGGAAGAGGUUGCUUUGCGCAUUUCUACGGCGCAGAUCUGGGUAACGGAAAUGUCGAGAGUGCGUACAAGGUUGAGAAGAAGGGCAGCUGGGCUGACAGUUUGAGCCUGGAGUGGUGA